AUGCCAAGUACAGUACAGGUAAUAUAUAUGAUUUUGGUUGCUGGUGAAUUGACUAUAGGGAUCUGGGGAAAUGGAUUCAUUGUACUAGUUAACUGCAUCAGCUGGUUCAAAAGGAGGGAUAUCUCCUUGACUGACAUCAUCCUGACCAGCCUGGCCAUCUCCAGAGUGUUGUUGUGUGUAAUAUCUUCAAAUGGCUUCAUUAUGCUGAUCUCUCCAGAUGCAGAUGACAGUGAUGACUCUGAACCUGGGGCUAUAGUUCCCUUUAUUCUUUGCCUGAUCUCAUUUUUCCUGUUACUUUUGUCCCUAUUCUGACACUCCGAACAGAUGAAACUUCAUGUCACAGGGUCAAGAGACCCCAGCACUGAGGCCCACAGGAGGGCCAUAAAGGCGGUGGCACUCUUUCUGCUCCUCCCUAUUGUGUACUAUGCAGUCUUUCCUGUAAUCACCUCUAGCUUUCUGAUUCCUCAGAGAAGAUUAGUGGUGAUGGCUGGUGGCAUAAUGACUGUCAUUUCCCCAUCAGGCCAUGCAUUCAUCCUGAUAGUAGAGAGUAACAAGCUGAAAGAAGCUUUUUUGUACAUGUUAAGUUUUGUAAAGGAUUUCCACAAAGGAAGGAAACACUUUGUUCCAUAG